AUGUUGUAUGAUGAUAAAGAAGGCACAAAGCUCUUCAAUGUGCUCAAAGAUUUUGAUGACUAUCCUAACACUAAACGUCCAGGCUAUACAGUAUGUUUAGCAUUAAUAGAGAGCUUCCUAAAUCCGUAUCAUAGGCUCAGUAAAACAGUUCUACGUCAACGAUUGUUAGACUCUAUUAAUUUUGAGCUAAGAGCUAUAAUACCUCAAUCAGACCUGUGGAAGAUGAGUGCUUUGGGAUUUUUAGGUAUUAAAGAAGCAACUGAACAAACCCCGUCAGUACAAUCAGACAGUGACACCACAGUCUCAUUCACAAGGAACAAACAAAAGAAAUUGACACAUAAACUACAAAAGCUGAAGUCGAAACGAAAACAUCCGACUAUCAAACGAAAAAACACAAAGGUCCAGCCAAAUUACAGCAAUGAAAAUGUUUAUAGACGUAGAUUAAGUUAUACACCUGAAACUCAGUACAAUUAUCCUUUGUUAAGAAAUAUGAAGCCGAUCACAAGUAUACAGAGACGGUACAAAAUUGUUACUCCGACACAUCGACACAUGUCUACACGUAGUUAUAUAGUAAACCUAAUCAGUAGACCCACCAAGGAGUUCACAACUAAACUAAAUAAAGCUAAGAAUUAGAGAAUACUGGAUUCCCUUUCCUCCAUGAGACAGUACGAUUUGAAGCACAGAGACCAAGAUCACAAUAUUGGAAGUGUUCAUGACAGAAAUACGAAUGGCUAUCAAAGAAAUAAAACUAUAAAAAAGUAUU